GAAAGGGAUCCCGUCUCUGUCACCAAAUUUGCUGCAUGUUGAACAGUUGGCACUUGAGCUUCACCCGGAAAGCAGAGAAUAUCUCAGUCCUUUGCUUCCUCCUGCAGCACAUCCUGGUGCCUGACUCCUGCACAUGGCGGUAGAAAUAGGAACACUGGAUGCUCCAUGGUGAAGGAUUGUCAGAGGAAGAGGAGGACACGCCCCGCCUGAGUUCCUACAAUAUAGGAUCCGCUCAGUGGAUAUCUUCUAUAUAAGAUCCUUCUCUUGAUUGACCCAACAAGAAUGGAUAGAGACAAGGAUAAGAUGGCGGAGAGUAUAAUAAAUCUCACCCUAGAGAUCCUCUUCCGGCUUACUGGAGAGGGCUACACAGUAGUGAAGAAGACCUCUAGUGAGCGCUGUCAGGCCCCUGUGUCUGAAGGAUGGGGAAGAACCCUGAGCCCAAUCAUGGAGCCUCCACCUCACUCCCUGAUACACGAGGAAAUCAAUAAAGAGAAGAUCCUAGAACUCACCAACAAGAUGAUUGAGCUGCUGACUGGAGAGGUUCCUAUAAGGUGUCAGGAUGUCACCGUCUAUUUCUCCAUGGAGGAGUGGGAGUAUUUAGAAGGACACACAGAUCAGUACAAGGACAUUCUGAUGGAGGAUCACCGGCCCCUCACACCACCAGGUAAUAGACAUGACUAAAGGCAUCCUCUCAUUAUCUUUAUGUAAGGAAUGAAUUCAGUCACUGGAUGUGUUUCCUACAGUUAAGGAAGAGAGAACAACACCGGAGAGAUAUACCAGUCCUCUUCUUCCACAGGAUGGUUCAGAAGAAGAUCACAAUGUCCC